AUGGAUCCUGGAGCUCUUUUGAUGGAAUACACGGUAGCGCAAUCAGACUCGAUUGAACGGAUUGCUGCAUUACAUGAUUGUACUGUUGGUGAGCUGAUGAAGAUGAAUCGACUUGCAACACGAAUGGUAUUUCCUGGACAGAGACUUCUUGUGCCUUGUCCGAUGGAUGAGAAUGGUGCGUCUAAUGUUAUUUCGGGAAAACGUCUCUCUGCAAGCCAAUCCACAAUAGCCGUUGGAAGCAAUGCACAUUCAAGCGAAAGAGGUAGAAUUCAACGCGGACCUGGAGUGGCUGUUCAGGUGUGUGGCCGUGCUGAUACGAGUUCGGAUCCUUCAACAACUGUAUUGGGAAAACAUAGUGUGUCUCAAGUAUAUUCAGAGAAAAGAGAUUUGGUAGAAGCAGAAGAAGCGGACACUGACACUAUGAAGAGAUUCGUCAAGUUAAAGGUAAAGCAAAUAACUGAGAAGUAUGGAACAGUGACAGGUACGUUGCUGGUCACACCUAAUGCCUUAAUGUUUGAUCCAGAUGUUGUGCAUCCUCUGGUUCUUGAGAAUGGGCAGGAUUUGUAUAUCAUGAUGGCCAGGAUGGAAGAAGUGAUGUCUGUAGCCAUGUUUAAGAGUGCGACUGUAUCAAACGAUCCUAAAGGCGACAGAGAAGUUCACGAUCGCACUUAUCGAGAUUCAUCUGUUCCUGAGUGUUUCACCGUUCCUGCGACUAAAGAAACUGUGAACGAAACGUCGAAGUAUUUGGCAGAUGACAUUUUUAAAAAUACAGAUGUUCAAUCGCCGAGAGUUUUUUUUGAUGACAUGGAUUUGGAAUUAAAGCGAAAAGAAGGUCAGGAGGCCCACAUUGAACAUUUUGGUUCUGAUUUUAAAUCUCCACUGAUUGUGAAGAAAGGAAAUAAAUUAGAUAAAGUUGCUCGAACUGCUCGACGCACUUAUUCUGAUCUGUCAAACGAUUCAAAACAAUUCACAGAUGACAUGCCACUGUGGCAGAAAGACGAAGAAAUGAAUAGGACGUUUAUUUCUGGGAAUGGUGAGGACAAACGACAAUAUUCUUUGCAGCCUUCGACCAGUGUGAAUAAUACACGUACUGGAUUAACCUGUAAUCCGCUUUCUAAACUCGGGAGGACUUUAAGUACUCAUGCAAACACAAUUCGUGGUUCGGUGACUUCUGGGGCCGAACGUAUGACACAGUCAGCAAUGAGUGGUACGAAAUCAGUUGCUCAGGGUGUUGUUUCCCAAAGCAAAGUUGUCGCAGGUACAUUACAAACUGGUCUCCAAACCAGUGUUAAAGUGGCAGCAAGCCAUGCAAAAACUGCUGUUGGUGCAGUAGUUGCUGUGCCGCAGGGUAUCGCUAGUAUGAGCAGCGGUUUGUUCUCUGCAUCACAACAUCCUGAAGCAACGUAUUUUCAGGAUGAAGCUUCUUCAAAGACACGAAAAGAACAAAAUUUGACUGCAUUAUUGUCAUUAAAAGAAAAGACUGAACAGCUGCGAGAGGAAGCUGUGAGAAACAAACACUUCUUUUACGCUACAUCAAUGGACGAGACGCUGAACUUGUUGAAACCGGUACAUGGACUUCGUUCUCCAGCGCGAACAUUUUCUGCAACCGAAAAAUGCACUUUGACCGACUCACCAUACUUUAUGGCUGUUCGUCUGAACAAGAAAAAAAAGCAUGACAAAGGACGAUUCCCAGCUGUCGAUAUUGUACGUUCAUCAUCAGCAAGCACCGAAGAUGUGAUCGCUAAUUGUGCAAGGCAAGAAUUCUGGUUUGCUAUACCAAAGCAUAAAGUUGAUGCCAUUUAUCACUUCUUAUUGCAAUGGAAUCCUGAGAAACAUGGGUCUGGUGCACAGAAAAUACAUCCAGAAGAAUUAAUUGAUCGGCAGAAAGCAUGCGAACUACUUGAAGAUUAUGGAUUUGUAGUUCUGGAUUCAGAAGUUAGCGAUAAAUUUGGAGCCGAGGUGCCAUCUUCUCGACUGUUCGGUAGCAGUUAUCUAAAUCGGGAAUGGGAGAUUGUGACAGUGCAAGAGAUGUGUCGGCGGAUGUCGUUGGAUCAGCUAGACAAGGUUGUCCUACCUCUUCCAGAUGGUGCUACUUCUUCGCAAAUCCUUGAUGAGGUUAUGAUUAGGCAGAUGGUAGAUGUGCUUCCGGCCCGUGCUGCAGGCUAUCCGUGGAUCAAUAUUUAUAAUUCCGAAAAGCAUGGCUUUUCAUUACACACUUUUUACAGAAAAAUGGUAGAUUGGGAUGAAGAAAUGUCACCGAUACUGCUGAUAAUUCGUGAUUGUGAGAAGAAUGUCUUCGGUGCGGUAGUUAGUACCACAGUGCGUCCAAGCGAGCACUUUUUUGGGACGGGUGAUUCAUGUUUCCUUUACAAAUAUGUGAACGACUUCGAGUUAAAUGAAAAAGUGCUUCGGAUCUAUUCUUGGAGUGGCCUAAAUCAAUUUUUCGUAAAAGCAAGCAUGGAUUCACUGUCGAUUGGUGCCAGUGGUGGCCACUAUGGACUUUGGUUGGAUGCGGAUUUGAAUCAUGGUCGUACACAAGCAUGUGAAACGUUUCAAAACGAACCGUUAGCUGGUGAGAGCGAAGAUUUUGCCGUACAAUUUGUCGAAGCUUACGGUUUUCGUUUGGGAUAAUUCGUUCUUUUUGUCAAAAUUUUCUUUGACAUAUUCAUUUGAUGCUGUCAUCUAUAAUUGUUAUCUCGCUUUUGAAUAUUUUAUAAGAUUACUUUUUACAACUAAUAAAUGUUUUUGAUUAGGAAGUAACAAGGCAGUAUUUUGCUUUUGACGUUAAUUUAAAGUGUCUUCUUGUGAAAUACAUCGCGAAGG